UUCGUGUUUCGUUAUUGUAGAGGUUACUUUCGGUUUCAAGGUAGCUGUUGGGCUGCGUUAUGUUGUUAGCUUAUUGCUAGCUAAAGCUUCCACCUUCCUGUAGCAGCGUCCAUCCGUCUUCUUUGUGCCAGCUAUGUAUCAGUCCAGCCAGCAGCACCCUGAGGCGCAGCAUGUGAUGCCAUAUCACAACAUGGGCCAUUACUCAGAGGGUCCCAGAGAAGAGCUUGUCAUGGCGGAGCUGUCUGUCCACCGGGAGCCACCUAUUCACCAGGAGCCUUUUUAUCAGAGCUACCAUACGCCCCAAAACCACUACCAGGAGGCAGCUUACCAGCAUAAUGUCAGGGAGCAGCAGCAUCCUGCACACCUGCCCCACCACCCCCAGCACCAACAUAUAGUACAGCAGCAGGAGCCGUGUGUUCAGCACCAACCUCAGCCUGCUGGCCCACCCCAAGUUGUGACGCCAGUGAAGAAGAAGAGAGGCCGGCCUCCAAAGCAGCAGGCAGAGGAGGGCAAGACGCAGGAGGAGGAGGAGGAGAACGAGGCCGCCAAAAAAGCUAAGAGGGCUCUCAACCGCUUCAACGGCAUGUCAGUGGCUGAGGUUAUGGCCAAAACCCUGCCAGACGUUAUAACCUACAAUCUUGACAUUUUGAUAAUUGGAAUUAAUCCGGGACUGCUUUCAGCCUACAAAGGACACCAUUACCCAAACCCAGGAAACCAUUUCUGGAAAUGUCUAUUUCUUUCUGGUUUAACUGACAAGCAGCUCAACUACAUGCACGACCAGAGCCUGCCAGAGAGUUAUAGCAUCGGCUUCACCAACAUGGUAGAGCGGACCACACCUGGCAGCAAGGACCUCUCCAGUAAGGAGAUUCGUGAAGGGGGUCGACAGUUACUUGACAAGCUACAGAAAUACAAGCCAUUAAUAGCAGCUUUUAAUGGAAAAGGUAUUUAUGAAAUAUUCUGCAAAGAAACUUUUGGUGUGAAGGCAAAGAAUCUGGAGUUUGGGCUACAGCCUUACAAAAUCCCAGAAACUGAAACGGUGUGCUACUUGAUGCCUUCAUCAAGCCCCCGCUGUGCCCAGUUUCCCCGUGCACAGGAUAAAGUGCAUUUCUACAUCAAGCUGAAGGAACUGCGAGACCAAAUGAAAGGCCUGGUACCAAACCCUGAAGUGGAAGAAACGCAGUACUCGUUCGAUCUGCAGCUAGCUAAAGAAGAUGCUAAGAGGCUUGCAAUCAAAGAAGAGCAGGUGGAUCCAGAGUAUGAAAGCUGUAGUGGGCUCCAUGACAACGCCAGGCAAAGCAGCAACACCUCUUAUUAAAGGAGACUGAGGAGAGGUGGAAAAACAGGCCUUUCUGCAGUAGCACACAGAAAUGGACAUUGUAGACCAGUCAGCGGACAUGGCAUGGAAUCACUGCAGCUGGAGAUGUUCGCUCCACAGACACCAGAUAUCAGCUGCAUUCGUAGCAUGAUGCAUCAGUGAGGGUAAGAGACCCUGUGAUGACACCACAAGAGAAGAGGAGACAUACAGUUUCCUGAGCCAUCGCAAUGUGACGCACAAGGGAGAAAGUGCCCACAACAGUUACAUUUUCUAACUCUCAAACAGACUGUGCAUGUUUUUGGUGUCAUUUUUUAUCACUAUUUAUUGCAUUUUGUAUGGUAUGUGGGUCUAGUGACUUAUUUUUGUAUUUUAAAAGAAUGACAUUUUAUGAUUUAUCAGCUGUAUAAAUACGUAAUUGUACUCUGGAAUUUCUAAUCUGUAAUUACAGAGUUAUUAAAUCUCUUCAGAAGA